AUGCACGCGCAUACCAUCGUCUCUCGGCUCCCCUCCUCCCGUCUCGACCUUUUUCCCGUCCCUCGCACCCGCCCGAGCCCGAGCUUCUCGUCCACCCUCUUCGCCCUCUCCCUCUCCCUCUUCAUUCAGCGCCUCUGCCACCACCGCGGCCUCGAGUCUGCCGCCAAGGUCAUCUUCGCUGUUCUCUCCCCCGCCAUACUUCUCGCCGCCUCUCUAGCCGUCCUCAUGUUCGAGCUCCAGUCCUACCUCUUCCACCUCUCCUGCGCAUCGCUCUCCAUCUAUGUCUGGAUUCAGCUGCGAUCCUUGAGUCGCACGACGGGACGCAUCGAAGCGGGACUUGCGUCUGUCGCCGCGAUAUCGAAACGCACGGAAGCCGGGGUGAACGACCUCCAUUCCGUCCUGUCCGCUCUUCGCGCCAAGUCUACGCAGCUCGACGCGACGCACAUCAAAGCGGACGCGGCGCUGAUGGAGAAAGAGGCGCGGCUGGUGGUGGCGGCGGCGAGGCUGGCCGAUAAGCGUGCGGAGGCGGCGAGGAUGAAGGAGGCGCGGCAGGCGGCGGAAGCUGACCGGGCCUGGGCGGAGGCGGAGGCGGAGUCGCACGAGCGGUCGUUUAUGGCGAGGAGGGAUCUGCUGGAGAGUAACCUCCGCACGGUUCAUGUGCAGGCAGAGUAUAUUCGCAAGCUGCGCGAGGGGAUCGCAUGUUACAAUGAGGAGGCGAGGACGCUGCGCGCGAAAAUCGACGGGGAUCUGUGGAAGUUGUAUCGGACGCAGGCGGUCUUGGGGGACCGAAAAGCAUCGUCGGCGUAG